AUGCUUUUUAAUGCAGCAUACCAAAUGGAAGAGGAUGGAGUAGUAAGUUAUCUCAACAUGAACAUCUUAAUUAUGCCUUCUACGAAUAUCAUGAUUUGAAUUGCAUGCUGUUUCUAAUAAUGUAUUUUAGAACUUGUUCAACCGUUUUAAACAGCUUAUGUUUUAGAAUAUUCCAAUUAAAAAUUCCUUUAAACUCUAGUUCUCUAGUAGGAAAAGAAUUGAGAAAAAUGGACAUUUGAGCUUUUAGGUUGAAGGAAAUAAGAUGUCUCUACAUUCUUUUCGUUGACUUGAUUUUUCUUAUUUUAAAUGGUUGUUUGUGGAGAAAUUUAAGGUUCAUUUUUUUAUGACGAAAAGAAGAGAAACAUGGAGGAUAAGACGCGGACAAGGGUUUUUGUUACAAUAUUUGGUAUGAAAAUAGUAAUGUGACAGAAACUCCUAAUAUACUUGUGAUGAUACCUUAUUUUUAACUUAUGCCGAGGAACAAAACAAAGAGCAGCAGAGAGCACUGCCGAAAGAAAUUGUAGGGUAAGGGUAUAUCCUCAGCCGAAUGAAGAAAACCGUACCGUACUGCUCUUGCAACUUCUGCAAAGACUGGCAGGACUGACCCAGUUGCAACUAGUUACUUUAAUUUUGCAAAUGAUCUUUGUCAUAAUGCCCAUAUGGUCAUAAAACCGAUUUAGGAUCAAUCUAGGCACCAAGAUCCAGGGGUUUUUUAUGGUAAAACAUCUUCCAAUCUUGGUCUUCUUUGUCAUCCUUACUGUAAAAUGGGUAGAAAGCCUGUGUGGCUGUAUUUUAGUGGAAUAACAGCUUAAGGCCGGCCAGAGAGUUUAUUUCAGGCAACUUGGUGAUGGCAGGCUUAUUGUAUGAAGCACUAAUCAUUGCCAUUGUGAUGAGAUUGCUGAUGUGCCGGGCCAUGUCCCUUCAAUCAAGUCAGAUCCUCAUAAUUUUGACAGCUGUCGGGCAUCUCUAAAUAGCUGAAGUGUUAUUUUUGAUCGGGGCUCGACUUUUUUCUUUCAUAGAAAGUGGCAUUCAGUGGACCUCACGAUUGGAUCUUUGAAGCCAAGCUUCUCUUGCAAUGGUGGAGUAAAAAAUGAUGAACUGGGUUGAACUUUGUCGGUGGUGAUAUUUAAAUUAAAGCAAAGACGAACUUAAAGAAAAGCGCACGAAAUAUAUAAAACCAUGAAAUAAAUUUAUUCAUAUUAUAUACGGGCAGCACGGUCUAACUUUCCAGGGUGAAAUUACCUUUUUCAGGUUAAGAAAGAAGAGGAGGAAUUCAACACCGGACCGCUCUCAGUUCUGAUGAUGAGCGUUAAGAACAACACUCAGGCUGGCCUCUCUCUCUCUCUGUCGCUUUCAUUUCUUACGCUUACAACCAUCUCACGAUAUGCUUCCAACUCCCUUUCGGGAUUUCCUUCAGGUCCUAAUCAACUGCCGAAACAACAAGAAACUCCUCGGCCGUGUGAGAGCUUUCGACCGCCACUGCAACAUGGUCCUCGAGAACGUCCGAGAGAUGUGGACCGAGGUACGGCCAGCCUAUCUAUACCCUCACCCCUCUUCUUCUCUUCCUCUUCCCUUCUGCUUAGCGCCAUCGCCUUCUCUCUCUCCUCACAGGUACCCAAGACGGGCAAGGGCAAGAAGAAGGCGCAGCCCAUCAACAAGGAUAGGUUCAUCAGCAAGAUGUUCCUACGCGGCGAUUCUGUGAUCAUCGUCCUCAGGAACCCUAAGUGA